AUGCGUUACGAUAUACUCUUCAGCGCCUCGCUGGGCAUGUUCUUGGUUGCUCAGCCUGCACAGGCUGGUCCAUUGCCGCGCUUGAGAGCCAGAAUGCCCAACGUUGCGCGGGCUGACACAACUGCCGUAUUUCAGACAUCGGCACUUCCUAAUCAGGCAGGGCCUUCUUCUGAACCCGCUGCGUCUUCAGCCUCGACUCCUCGCCCCAUCUUUCAAACCUUGACGGGCUCGUCAGUAGAUAUACCCGACUCUCUCAUCUCUGGCACACCUUCUCAGGUUCAGAGCCAAGCUCCAGCCACAUCUUCGGCCCCAGGAAUCACGGUCAUCCCGAUUGUAGACUCUUCAACCACUGCAGCCGUCGGAACGAGUGCUCCAGCUGACAAUACCAUCGAAACGUCGGCUCCGGUCGCCGCACCGACUACGUCUAGCAGUGCUGUCGAGACUUCUACCCAAGUUUCUGUUCCAACUACGGCCAGUACUGCCGUUAGCAUUCCUACUACGAGUGCUACCCCAGCUACUUCUACCGAGCUUGCCAGUACAAGUGCGACUAGCCAUGUGGCUGACCAGUCCACGACAAUUGCGCUCCCGGAUGAUAAAGCUACCACCGUUGCUUCCUCAGAGGGAUCUAGCACCGUCGCUGGCACUUCUACCAAUAUUGCUACCUCGGCCGCAGCCCAUAGUACGUCUGUGGGAGAAACAACCUCUGUGGGAACAACAACUUCUGUGGGAGGAACAACAACCUCUGUUGGAACAACUUCUGUGGGAGGAACAACAACUUCUGUGGAAGGGACAACAACUUCUGUGCGAGAGACAACCUCUGUUGGAGGAACGACAACCUCUGCUAAGCCUUCGUCGGCAGAGGCAACUUCUCAGACAGCAUCAACAGGUGCUUCAACUACUGUAUCUGGAGCUUCAAGCUCUGCUACUGUAAACACAGAGUCUCAGACGGCGACAACCGGAGUUAAACAAUCUACAACUGCACCUCUGACUACUGAUACUGCCGCUUCUUCUGCAAGCACUGAGGCUUCGGCCACUACAAACACCGCGCCUGCCACUACUGCUUCAACCACGGUAGCCCAGACUCAGACGACUGGCCCUGUCUCCGAGACUACAGCUCCGACAACGCAGACGAGUGUUACUAGCCGGACGCAGCUGAGCUCAAGUGCUGGCAGCACGACAGUUCCGUCUAACCCUUCCACCACAGAAGGUACUUCUGCUACUACUGAAGGCACUUCUUCUACUGCUGAAAGUACUUCUGUUACUACUGAAGCCACUUCUCCUACUACAGAAGCUACUUCGGCAUCGCAGACUCAGGCCCCAGGAACCACUGCUGCCGAGUUUACUACAAGCUCUAUCCCCUCAAAGCCGGCAGUUGACUCUACAGGUCUGACUCAACCUCACUCUACUACCAGUGCGGCCGCUACAUCCACUGAAGGAAGUAGCCUGACUUCAAGUGCUACCAGCCCUGGAACUACUGUUGCAACGUCCGAGACCACAUCUUCAGCUGAGUCGCCAACGAGCGCAGCCUCAACCUCAGAGACUGCUUCAAGUCGUGACACAUCGUCUAGCUCCACGUCAAUCCCGCCUACCGCUGCUACAAGUGCCACGAGCGAAGCGCUGUUCUUGACUUCUUCAACCCCAACUGAAGUCACGGCGCCCCCAACCUCUACAUCCUCCACAGCCUCGUCAACUUCAGGUUCAACCUCAUCUAAGGCUAGCACUUCCAGUCAGGCUGCCACUGUGCCAGCUUCAAAAUCGGAGAGCACACAGCAGUCCACCCUGACAAAGCCUGUAUUCCUCCCUACCCCUGAGCUCCCUACUUCCAGCUCCUCAUCGAGCUCUGCGCCAUCUACCGUUGCGGCCUCCCCGUCAUCGUCAGCCUUACCUCCGCCCCCACCUCCUGCAACAACGGCCACGUCUACGACAAGACUCACAGCUACUGUCACCGUUCAGCCUACGGGAACACCUGACCUUGCUGUCCCUACUGCUUUCGAAACCUUCCCCACAGGCACCUCGACCGUUCCGGCUCAGGUCUUUGCAAGCAAUCUCGCCCAAGCCCAGCAGUACAACAGUGUUUUCAAGACUCUGACCCCCAACUCUGCUUGCACCGGUUCCCAAGCGGCUUGCAUCGACGGCCAGCUUGCCAAGUGCGGCCCCAACGGGGCGUUCACACUCGAGGCAUGCACCAUCCCGGGAAUGAAGUGCUUUGCUCUGCCAAUGACAGUUACAGAGGGCGUCUCGGUGGGAUGUCAUGACACUUCUGAAGCAGAGAACAUCCUCGGUGCCACGGGCGGACCUCAGAGCAGCUCGCCGGCCCCCACGCCGGCCCCUACAUCGGCUGCCCCUAGUGACGACCCGGUUGAUCCUCCGGCGAUAACUCUCACCACUGUUAUCACCAUCAGCGAUCAGCCGCCCUCGCCGCCUGCAACUACAUCGGCCUCUUCGACAACUCCAGUUGUGCCUCAGGAGCCUACGUCGACGCCUGUUCCUGAACCUCAGCCUCAGCAGCCGACUCCGGACCCCGUCGUCCCUCCACCUGCCGCUACCAGCUCUGCGGCGCCUCCUCCUCCUCCUCCUCCUUCGCCGCCGCCAGCACCAACAACCUUUCAAACCAUCAAGACCAGCCAGCCCGCUCCCGUAAUUACGCCCCCCUCGGCCCCCGUCUCUGCGUUUCUCCCCCCUCCUAACCCCACGAGCCUCGUCCUCAUCCCCAUCCCUAACGAUCCUGCCCCAUCGGAGCUUGCCAUUCCUAGCUUCGAUAGCAAUCCUCGUACUACCGCGGUCGUCAACGGGACUCCUACCGUGUCGGUCUUCUUCACAGUUACUGUCACUCAACAGGAGAAGGAGACUGUCACUGUCACUGUCAGCGCUUAA